UUUUAAUAGGAGGAGCAGAUGAAAAAAGCAUUGCAAGUACUCAAGACUUAAAGUCUCAAUUACAACUCUAUAAAGUCUGGCUUAAACUACAGAAUGACUAUCAGAGAGAAUGGCCACAGGAUGGGACACAUUUCAAUUAACCUUAAUAAAUCUAAUAAUGCUUAAACAAACACAAUCCUCAAGAAGCUUCUUUAAAAUCAGGAGUAUAAAAUCUUACGAGAUUAAACCAAGAUGAUAUUCGAAGGAUCUUUCGAUGCUUUAAAAACCUUGACAGGAGUAACAACUUAUUACCCAGACACAGGUUAAUAUAUUUAUACUAAAUUUAGGUUUAUUAGUUUAUGAUUUAGAGGCCAACAAACUUAUCUUGCAUUUAACGAAGGAGGAUGUUUAAUGUUAAGGAAUUGUCUUGGGCUAUGUCAUGGAUUAGGAUGCAAUCACCAUACUAAACUCUCUUAGAGCCUCUACUAUUCCAUUACAAGCAAGAUUGGAAAACACUUAUAAUUAUUACCUAAAGAGAACGUUGAAUGUGAGUUUGGCUGUGUCUUUGCUAGUAUUUUAUAAUGCAUUUAAUGGAUCUCAAAAGUCCAAAUUUGGUGUUUUCGAGCGUGACGAAAAAGCACCCAAAGUAGAUUCUAAAUGA